CUCCACGAAAUGUGGCCACAGUUUAGUGAAAAUUUGAUAGUUUUUUCAAUGAAAUAGUUUUCAGUGGUACAUCAGAAGCCAUGGAUACCCCUUUUCCCCGCACCAUGGGAAGUCGCUCCACACAUGCUAUGUCUCUGCAGCUGCAUCUACAUGAUCAGAUGCUAUCAAAUUCAGAAUUGUGUGAUGUCGUUCUUGUUGUAGAGCAAGUGGAAAUUCGUGCCCAUUGGAAUGUGUUAGUGAUGUGUCCCUACUUCCAAUCUCUCUAUGACAGUGGUUUGAAAGAAAAAACCUCAGGAAAGAUUCACCUUCAGAUUGGCAAAGUCCCUGCAGUAAGGACAGCUAUAUCUUUCCUUUACACUGGGAUAGCUGAGAUAUCUUACGAGACAGUCAAGGACAUUCUUGAAGUGGCUGACUAUUUCCAGAUUGCAGACUUAAAAUCAUGCUGUCAAAGUUAUUUAGAAAGUGUUACUAUGACUGUCGAGAACUGCGUCCAAAUGUGCUUAUUAUGCAGUCUGUAUAACUUGGAAUUUUACAACAAAGUAUUUGAAUUCUUAAGAGGACAUUUGCCAGACAUCAUGCAACAGGAGGAUGCUUUGACCUUGACUUCAGAAUCUGUGUUGUCACUCCUUACUGAUAAGACCUUGUCUUACGUAGAACAAAUGCAAUUUUUUGAGUUCAUCCUGAAGUGGGUGGAAUUUGAUCAAGAGAAUAGAGAGGAGUUCUUCCCCGGUUUGUUUUGUUCACUGGACUUGAAGAAGAUUCCCAAGACUAUUCUGGAGAAGGAGAUUGAGACAUAUCCUCUAGUGGUGAAGAAUGAAAAAUGUCAGGUUCAUGUCUUGAACACUAAAAUGAAGUACAUAACAGGACUCAUCAAGGAAGAUGAUGGAAUAAGGGAGGCAAUUCUGGUGGCAGGAGGCUGCGGUCAGAUAAUGUUUGAAAACAUCUUCCAUAUGUUUCCGUUCAGAGAGUCCAUGGCUGUUAACACACUACUAGGAUAUGUAUUGGCAGAAGACAGGUGGAUUGAAUUAGCACCACUCCCGUACCAAAUGAAACAAGCUACAAUAACAUACUGUUCAAAAAAGAAGUGCUUGUAUGUUUUUGAUAAUGGGCACCAAACUUUUUCCUCCAAAGUGUCUGUUUACAAAUUUGAUCUGAAGGAAAUAAAAUGGACAAGUUUUCUACUAGAAGUUCCAGAAAACUAUGGCAAUAACACGCUUCACACAAUUCUAGCAUGUGCAGGAAAAUUGUAUGCAAUAAUUUCCAGCCAUGUCAUUCAGUUUGGUCCUCAGCUGGUACACCAGUGGAGCACUUUUGUUAUGGAAGUGAAAGAAGAUGAUUCUAAAUGUGAAGUCAAGCAGACUCUGUUUCAACGAAAUGAAAACUCCCAUUUGGUGGCAUGUGUAAUGCAGGAUAGGAAGAUUUGUGUCUUGGCCAACAAAGUGGGAGCAAAUCCCAAAAGGAGAGGAAAGUCUGCAAAAUUUUAUGUAUAUGAUACGACUGUGAAUAGAAAGUAUGAUCAAUCCAAAGGUGCUUAUUGGGACAAUUUAAUGAUUCCUGUUGGAGAUGAGAUUGUGGUGACAAGAAUGGGGAAGUGUUCAUACACAAAAUACUCAAUGACAACACGAAAAUGGAAGCAUAUCAAAGAGGAGUUUUUGCCUUUCCCAGCUAACCCCUUUGAAAGCGUAGAAUACAGCACAAUUUCUGAUGGCAGCAACUUUUAUGUCAUUGGUGGCAAAGGCUUUAAGAACCCAGAGACCAUAUCUACAACAUUCUGUUUCAAUUUUGCUGAGAAGAAAUGGAAGAAUCUCCAGGAACUUCCUCAACCUCUUCGACAGAGUGCCACCUGUUUGAUCCAGUUACCUAGCAACCUAACCAAAUGCCACUUCAAUUGUCCACACUGCAAAUUCUCUCCAUGUCGCAGCAGGGCCACCUAUGACAUCCACUAUCCAAUAGAUGAUGAAGAUGAGGAAGAUGAAGAUGAUUUUGAUGAUGGCAGUGGAUACACCUAUGAAGAUGAUUACGCCUCCGGACUAUGGAGUGAUGAUGUACCAGACUAUUUGGAAGAUGAAGAUUAUGAUGUUUGGUUGUGGUGAAUUUACUGUCUUCUUGAUGCUACACGUUACAGUCAGUGCCAAUGGUUUGAGAAAACAACUCUUUCUUUCCAGUUUGUCAACAUUUUCUAAUAUAUGUAAAGAGAUGUACAGCAUAUGUUUUUAAGUAGCUUUAAAGAUGUUCUUAUUUUAGUGGUUUAAAAUUUGUUCAGUUUGUUUUAUAACCUCUGAUAUAGGCGAGACUAUAGCAAGUACAUGUUUUGUAGUUUUGGUUUUGAUUAAUGCAGAUGAGGAUAUUGUGUUACAAAUAUAAAACUGUACAAAGUACUUUUUUUAGCUCACCUGAGCCAAAAGCUCAAGUGAGCUUUUCUGAUCGAAAUUUGUCUGUUGUUGGCAUUGUCGUUAACUUUUUUACAUUUUCAUCUUCUUCUCCAGAACUACUGGGCCAAUUUCAAUCAAACUUGGCACAAAGUAAGAACCAAUGGGCCAGGAAAGAUGAAACUCAUGUGGAAUUAUUGUCAGGUAGUGUAGAUUCAAGUUUCUUCAAAUCAUGACCCCGGGGGUAGGGUGGGGCCACAAUGGACGAUCAAAGUUUUACAUAGGAAUAUAUAGGAAAAAUCUUCAAAAAUCAGCAAAGCUAUGAUUGGUCAUAUUUAUAUGGAAGCAUCCUCAGGUGGUGUAGAUUCAAGAUUGUUCAAAUUAUGAUCCCCAGGGGUAGGGUGGGGACACAAUGGACGGUCAAAGUAUAACAUAGGUGUAUAUAUAGGAAAAAUCUUCAAAAAUCUUCUUCUCAAGAACAGCAAAGCUAUGAUUGGUCAUAUUUAUGUGGAAGCAUCCUCAGGUGGUGUAGAUUCAAGUUUGUUCAAAUCAUGACCCCCAGGGGUAGGGUGGGGCCACAAUGAACGAUCAAAGUUUUACAUAGGAAUAUAUAGGAAAAAUCUUUAAAAAUCUUCUCAAGAACAGCAAAGCCACUGUUUGUAAUAUUUAUAUGGAAGCAUCCUCAGAUAGUAUAGAUUCAAAUUUGUUCAAAUCAUGACCUCCAGGGGUAGGGUGGGGCCACAAUGAAAGUUCAAACUUGUAGAGAAAAAUGUCACAGUCAAAAAAUUAUGUAAGCAUCCUUAAUAAGUGUAGAUUUAAUUUUGUUCAUAUCAUACCCCCACUCCCUUUUAGGGUAGGUUGGGACCACUUAUGCAUUUAAGCUUUUCAAUACUAAACUGAUUUUUUCUUUUUUCCUAGCCACAGUGCUCAGGUGAGCGAUGUGGCCCCUGGGCCUCUUGUUGGUCUGUUGAGAGUUUUAAUGCUCAGACAUAAUUAACCUUCAGAAUUCUUGUGUACAUUUCAUAAUACUGUCAGAAAGUACCAGUAUUUCUGCUCUUUGUGCAUAAAAUCUAAAUUGAAAAGAAACCAAGUUAUGGUGUUAUUUUCAGAUUAUUGAAAAGUUCAGAAAACUUGGUGGUAAAUUAUGUAAAAAUGAUGUUAACAGUAUAUUGUAAAAAGACUAAUGUAUGCACUGCAUUUGUAGUUAAAAAAAAAAGCUUUAAGAUGGAAAUUUUGCAUUCAUUUUAUGAAGAUUUUUGAAUUCUAUGGAGCAGCACCAUAAUAUGUACAUGUAAUCAGUAAUUUCUACUGCAGUAUAUUUUACAUACAUCAUUUUGGGGGAGUUUUCACUAAUAUAAAGCACAAUGACAAAUAUCAAUGGAGAAUAUAGAAAUGUAUAAAUUUUGCCAAAAUUACAUUUUUGUAGUUGAUUAAGAUUGAGUUAUCUAUUUAUUUCCUGAGUAGGUUCCCACAUUAAUAAAAUAUAUUAAAACUAUCCCUUUGGUAAUUCAAAUGUUUAAAGUUUUUGUUUUUGAAAUAAUAGAAAAGAAAACUUUUCUUGCUUUUGUUUUCUGUUUUUUUUUAAUUAUACAUGUACCAUAAAACUACAUUAUUUGUCACUGUUAAAACUAAGACUUCAUGCUCUUCACCUGUAUAUGAAUUGUUAAUUCUGUCCAGAGGAAGCCUGUCAUUUUCCUGUGUAAAAUAUAAAAUAUCAGUCCCAGUCAUAUAUUUCUUUCGUACUGAUUGUUUUUCUCUAAAGAUGUUGAUAUUUACAUGUAUUAGGAUUCAUGCUCUAUUUUCUAAAUUUGGUUUUUCAUUUCGUUUUGUUUGUAUAGUUAGCUUAGUGCGGAAAUGUGAAUAAAAAAUAAGAAGAU